UCUUUUUUUUUUUUUUUAAGCUACAAAGAGGUUCAUCAGCAAUGGCGGCCGAAGAUUCUUCAAACGUCGAUACGAGUAUCAAUUCUGAUUCAAAGCCUAAAUAUGAAGCUAAUGAUGUUACUAAUCAUGACUCUUCCAAAACAUUGGUAAUCCCUCCUCCCGCCAUUUGUCUCGUCCGUUUCGCCGGAGAUGCUGCUAGCGGCGCCUUCAUGGGAUCUGUAUUUGGAUAUGGUUCUGGAUUGUUUAAGAAGAAAGGAUUUAAAGGAUCAUUUGUGGAUGCGGGUCAGUCUGCAAAGACUUUUGCGAUUUUAUCUGGAGUACACAGUUUAGUUGUUUGUCUUCUGAAGCAAAUACGAGGGAAAGACGACGCCAUUAAUGUUGGAGUUGCUGGUUGCUGUACUGGCCUUGCUCUUAGUUUCCCCGGUGCACCACAAGCAAUGCUACAGAGCUGUCUUACUUUUGGUGCCUUCUCAUUCAUCCUUGAAGGACUCAACAAAAGGCAAACGGCUUUGGCUCACUCUGUCUCGUUGAGACACCAAACUAGAAGUCUCCAUCAUGAUUUACCGCUCUCGUUGGCUCUCCCAAUCCCUAAUGAAAUCAAAGGAGCUUUCUCUUCUUUCUGCAAAUCCUUAAAGAAACCCAAGAUGCUCGAAUUUCCUCAUGCACGUUGAUUUUUUUCCAACUUUUUCUUAUUCCUUUUUGUAGAAGUUGCAAACAGAUUGAAAAUGGUUUUGCUGCAUGAGCCAAUGAGAAAAGAGGAGUGUACCUUUAUUCGUUUUCGUAACAAAAAUUUCUUAGGACUUAGUCCAGAACUAAUUUUGGAAAUGUUAGUUGAAACUUCGCAGUCUU